CCCCGCCCCCCGCCGCCGGCCCCUCUUGCCCUUUCUCUUUCCCCCCGAUCGCCAUGUCGAUGAUCGCCCCCGCCCGCAAGGCCGGAUCGCACGGCAACCGGCGCGCGCAGAUGGCCGCCGCCCUGGCCGAGGCCGCCAGCAAGUCGGCCGUCCCGAGCCUGCCGUCCUUCUCGGCCCCGGCCUCCAAGUCCGACAAGCCCGGGGCCAAGCGGCUGAGCAGCGCCGACAUUGUGGCCAAAUCGGCCACCGGUGCCGCGGCCUCGUCCAAGGGCCCGGCGCCGACCACCAAGAAGCGCGCGCUGCCCACGGCCGCCGGUGCCGACGGCAUGCACGGGGCCUCGGAGCGCAAGCGCCUGCGCGCGGCCCACAUGCGCCAGCAGCUGGCCAAGCAGCAGGUCGAGGAUGAGGCCGACGCGCCGGCCGGCGCGGUCCAGGACAGCCUGGCCUACUACCAGGAGAUCGCCACGGCGGCGGCGGCUCGCCGUGCUGCCCGCGCCGCUGUCAAGGGCGAGUCCGCCCCCGAGGAUGCGGCCAACGUCAUCGGCUCCAAGCGCCUGCUGGAGAAGAGCAUCAUUUCCAAUCGCGGCCUGACGCCCAAGCGCAACAAGCUGCUGAAGAACCCCCGCGUCAAGCGCCGCAUCCGCUUCGAGCAGGCCAAGAUCAAGCUCAAGAGCGCCGGCCACAAGUCCUGGCAGCCGGAGCUCAACCCCUACGAGGGCGAGGUCACCGGCAUCAAGGACUACAACGUCCGCUCGGUGAAGUUCAACUAAGCGCGCAUGCGCGCCCCCUGUCCUUGUUGUUGCCCUGCCUACUCCGCUCCCCGCCCGGUGCCUCCAUCGUCCUGCACCCCCCUCUUCCUCCUUCUCCCGUCCUGCGUCUCUCUCCCGCCCUUCAGGCGGGGAGAGGGG